AUGGGCACGAUCAAAGCACCGCUGGAACAACCACCCCCGCUCGUCCCUGAAUUUACCAACGAACAAGACGUUCUGCAACACUACAACAACCUCACGAGCGUGUGCGAGGAAGCUCGAUCGAAAAUCAACGAGCUUUCCAAUCAAGCGAAAGAACACGAGUUAGUCGUGGAUGCGAUCAAGGAUUUAGACCCGGAGAGGAAGUGCUUUCGAUUAGUCGGAGGCGUCUUGGUGGAAAGGAAAGUGAAGGAGGUUUUACCAGCCGUGAAAGGGAAUAAAGAAAAGUUGGACGGCGUGGUCGAGAGAAUCAACGAGCAGUUGAACGCGAAAGAGAUGGAGCUUUUGGAGUUGAAGAGAAAGUAUCAGAUUAGAGAGAGAGGAGAACAGCCGCCGCCGCCGGACGAGUAG